UUUUCAGUUUUAUCUGAACCAACUUUUUUCUCAUACUUUCAUCUUGUUGAAUCCUCCCAUUUACACACAUUUCAGCAACGAACACACACACACAAACACGCACAUACACACAUAUAGAGAAUGACGGAAUCGGAUUUCCCGACCUCUAUUGAAUGCUAGCUGCUUUCUUAAAUCUGAGAAAUAAAGGAGUUGCUGCAAAAUCAGAAAAUGGAAGCUGUCUAUGAAGAGCUUGAUGAUGCUAAAGCUGAGCUUGAAAAGCUGAGGGAGCAGUACCGUGUUAAAGUCGAAUUAGCUGAAACUUUAAUGAGAUUCAACAAUGACCAAGUGAGCAAGAAUAAAGAGGCAAGUUCCAAGCUAGAGAAACUAGCUGAGGAACUAAAUGAGAAAGAAGGUGAAAUCGCUACUGCCAAGCAAGUAUAUGAUGAGCUCAAGACUAAUCUGGCAGAGAAGGAAUCAAUCAUCAGGCGUGUUACAUCUGCACAUGAUAAACUUCGUGUUGAUUGCAAUGAGAAGCUUCACAAGUUAGAAGAAGAGAAUAAGGCGCUGGCAUCGGCUUUGGAUGAUUCAAAUGGUAAAAAUUUCAAUCAGGAGCAGCAGAUCAGUGCACUCAAACAAGAGGUUGAAGGAGUUAAGAGGCUUUUGAAUGUUUCGCAGAAGAAAUCUGCAGAAAGUGAGAGUAGGACUGUGACAUCCAAAGAUGUGGGAGUGAGGGAGGAUGCUUUCUUCAAAUUAGAAGAGGAAAAGAAGAAGUUGGAAAAUCAGCUGAAAUGGAAGAAGGAACAGUUUGUUCAUUUAGAGGAGGCACAUGAUAAGCUUCGGAAGAAUUUUAAGAUGAGGGAAAAAGAGUGGGAGAAGGAGAGAGCUGAGCUUGUUCAUGGCAUCUCCUCUUUGGAGGAAAAGUUGGAAUCUCAAACUAGAAUUUCACAAGAUCUUCAAAAACGGCUAGAGAUGUGCAACAGCGCGCUAGCUCAUGCUGAAUCCAAGAGGAAAGUCAUGGAAGUUCAGCUGUUGGAAUCAAAAACGAGCUUGGACAAUGUCUGUGCUGAAUAUGAUGAGGCUAAGUUAAAUUUUGACAACUUGGCCACUCAAAGGGAUCAAGAAAUCGCAACUUUGAGGAGCUCGUUGGGUACGAAGGACAUACUAUACAAAGAGAUGGAGUAUCAGUUCAGGAAGCUGGAGCAAGAGAAACAAGAGCUACUGGUUUCCCUGAAAGAUCACCAAGAAGCUCAAAUUCGUGAAUCAAGCUUUUCUUCAGCUUCUAAGCUUCAAAACAAGCUCAAGUCUUUAGAACAGGUGCACAAGGGGUGCUCCACAAAUCUUAAGGCUAAAGAAUCGGAAUGGCAUUCCCAGAUGGAGAAGUUAUCACAAGAGUUAGACUACUUCAAGUCUGAAGUAGAAAGCAAGGACUCGUCGUUGAAUGAGCUAAACAAAGAACUGGAAGCUUGUGAGUCUUUAACAAUGAAGUUGGAAUUACUGAACCAGGAGACUUCAUUGAUGCUACUGGUUUUGAAGUCGGAGUUUUCAGAAGCCCAGUUCAGGCUUGCUGAUGAUCAUUCAUGCAUGAACCUGAAGAACAAACAGGUGCAGGAAAAUGUGUGCGAGUUAAUGCAACAGUUGGAGCAAAAGAAAGCUGCUCUUAUCAGUGUUCAAGAAGAUCUUGAGGACGAAAGGCAGAAAGUAGUGAUUUUGUCGAAAAAGGUACAGGCGCUCGAAGAACUGCAAUUUCCUCUUCAGAAAGAGGUAGACAGGCUCAAGGAAAUGCUAAAAGAAUCAACUUCUUCACGCCUGCAAUCUGAAGAGCAAAUGCUGCUCAUACAAGCUGACUUGACCAGGGUUCGUGAAGCCCUUGAAAGAGCAGACGAUGAACUGUAUGAGAAGUUCCGCGAAGCAAAUGAAAUAGAAUUUGAACUGCGGAUGUGGAAAUCCGUGGCUGAACAGCUGGAAGCCAACCUCAAGCAAAACCAUCAAAUGCGUAAAGAAGUUGAAGCUUCUCUCCUUGCACAAACAGAGAUGGAGCUGAACCUUAAGCAAGAGAAACAAAGCCUUAGCCAUCAGCUCGAAGAAAAAGAGAGAGAAAUAGACGACCUUCAGCAGCAGCUUGUUAUGAAGGCUACAAUAGCAGAAACCUCAUCUUGGAAUGCUGAAGAAGAUUCACUUCCUCAAGUUGAUGUGAGGAAGAGCCUUCACCAGCUUGUGGAAGAAAAAGACCAGAGAAUAAGUGAUCUGCAGCAGCUUGUUGCAUCACUGGAACAUGAGUUUGACAGUUCCUCGAUCUCGUUCUCUUCCAGACUGUCUCAGAUGCAGAGAGAGAUGAAUGUUCUCCGUGAAUCAUGGGAGAAGAUCAAGGCAGAUGGAGUGCUCAAGGAGAUAGAGAUUCAAGAGAAGAACAUCAUGAUCACCGAGCUAGAAAAUGAUUUCCAUAGCCUAACAAAGAGAGUUCAGCAAGAUAAGAUUGAAGAUGAAGUGCAGAAGCAAGAGCUGGAGAUCCGCAGAUGUGAACUUGACUCCAAGAUUUCCACUUCAGAGAAAACCAUCAAGAUCUUAUCGUCAGAAAAUCAGAAACUGGUCGAUACAAUCGGAUCGCUCUCUGAGAAAAUGAACAAAUUAACAGCUGAAGAUCUUCAACUUAUGGAAAGAUUGGGAAGUAUUGUGAAGUCAUUGCCUGGAGAUGAAGAACAGGAGAACAUCAACAUUAUUUCACCUCCCAUGAAGAAAGUUGAAGCCAUUUGUGAGGGAAGAUCGCCACUGAGAGCCAUAGUUUACAAUUAACUGCAGCUUGCUUCAUGCUUAUUUAUUUACUGACACUAUUUUGGUUUUGUAUAAUUCAUUGAUAUUUUUUCUUCCUGGAAAGUCUUAUUCCACUCUUCUUUUCAGAAUUCUGUUCUUAGUUGAUUUCCUCGUUUGGCAGUUAAUGUAUUGCUUAAUUCCACAUUUUAUUACGUGUGCAUCAUAAGUAAUUAUUAUUC